GUGAUCAAUUCUGCGCAGGCGCGGGGAUUCCGGAAAGACUAUGAGGUCAUAAUCAAGCGACGGUUAUCUCUCAAGCCUGCACCAUGGCCGAAGCUGAAUCUAAAAAGGUGAUCAAGUUGGUUCCUGAGUAUCUACUGAAAAAGAGGAAAUCGUACCAGGCCAUCAAAGCCACACAAGCCAAGCUUGCACUGCUCGAGAAGAGAAAGGUAUCAAAAGGCAAACCGCUGAGGUUCAAACGCUUGGAAGACUUCUUGAAAGACAGCCACAAGAAGCAUCGCGAUGAAACCCGCAUCCGGAGAGUGGAGCACAGGCCACCCGCCCCUCUGCCUCCUGCGAAGAACAAGCUAGCCUUUGCUGUCCGCAUCAGAGAGAUUAAAGGUGUCAGUCCCAAAGUGAUGAGGGUGGUCCAGAUGCUGAGGCUGAGGAAGAUCUUCAGCGGGGGCUUCGUCAAAAUCAACAAGACCUCUGUGGCCAUGAUGAAGGUGGUGGAGCCCUACGUGGCCUGGGGAUUCCCAAACUUGAAGUCUGUUCGUGAGCUCAUUCUGAAGAGAGGACAGACCAGGGUGGGCCGGAGGAAGGUUCCCCUCACAGACAACACCUUCAUUGAGCAGCACAUGGGUAAACAUGGCAUCAUCUGCCUGGAGGACCUUAUCCAUGAGAUCUACUCGGUCGGGAAGGGCUUCCGGGCCACCAACAACUUCCUGUUGCCUUUCCGGCUGUCAGUGGCCCGUCACGCUUCCAGGGACAAGGCCGGGCUCCUGAAGGACCUGGGAAAUCCUGGAUUUCGCGGAACAGACAUUAAUGCCAUCAUCAGGCUGCUGAACUGAGGAAAAGCACCUGAAAGAUGGAUACCCAGCAGCGACGAAAGGGAUGCUGCACUUCAUGAGAAGAAAAUGCCAUUGACAGCAAAAUAUAUAUAUUUUUUUGUUUGUUUCUUUGGCAGAGAACCUCAUGGGUUUCCCCCCCGUGCCCCUGUGGUUACAUUCUCUGGACACUGGCAGAUGUCAGAAAAAGUGGAGUCUUUUACCUUGUCCGUGUUGAUUUUGUUCUGCACUAUGUUUGAAAAAUAUCACAUGGUGCCCCUGACAGUUUGUCUGAUAGAAGCAGUUGUGCUCCUUGGUGAAAAUGUAUCAAUAUUGUAUAUUAAAGAUAUAUUAGUACACACUAUUCUUCACGUUGUCAGAGGAAUGGAUCAGUCCUUGCUCCAGAUGCAAGUGCAGGAACUGAACAGUUGGGAUGGGUUGUACUAUAUACCACCAGCUUAACUACAGCUCAUUCAUUUACUGCGUUCAAUAGAUUUCUGUAUGUAAAGUCUAAAAAAAAAGAAUCCGUUGUCAUCUUGUGAUUUACUGUUGAUACAUUGUUUUUACAAUAAAAACAAAACAAAAAUGAAA